AUGCCUCCCUUAAUUUUGCACAAUGUUCCAGACGAGGAACUGUACGUCGGCGAAGAUGGCAUACAAAGACCUUACGCCAUGCUCUUCCCAGGUGCGGAUGGCAACCCUGGCGCAAUGCGAGCGCGGCGCGCCAUUCCAGAAACCGGUUCUUUUGGAAAAUCAACACGACGCUCAAGAUCGCGAACUGGCACCCCUGCGGCAAAGCGCGAAGACCCAACACUGGCAGCCGCAGACAAGAUCUUCUCCGAAUUCUUAGCCAAGCAAGCCUCUACUCCUUCCUCUGAGAGCCAGCGCAAAUCUUCUGCUAGCCAUACUUCCGUCUUCCAGCCCAACCAAGCCAUAGGAACCAGCGAUGGCAACGCCGCCCCUUCACAGCGUCACGUCCAUAAAGAGCCUACGGAAGUCAUCCUGAGGGGGUUCAAAUCCACACAGCAGUACGCAGCAAUCAGAGAUUACGAGCGCAUCGCCGGCAGAAUCUGUGAGGACUAUCCACGGGACCCGCCGGCCUCGCAACUGAAGUACAAAUCCUCACUGGGUCGGGACCCUACCGUAUUGCGCCCGCAAACCAUGACUCCCGAAGAAAAAGCCAAAGCGCUGAAAUUUGCAGGCGGGGAGAAUUGGAUCAAAAUCACGUUUGAGAGUGCAGAGGCUGCAGAACGGGCGGUGGAAUCGAGCCCCCAGGUCAUUCUGGGCCACCUUGUAUACGCGGAAUUGUAUAGGGGUGUCCCCCCAACCAGCGAUGAGGAGAUUCCUGCAAACGGAAUUCUGAAUGGCGAGCAACGAACACCAAGAAGGAAACAGUCAGGCACCUUACCAAGAUCGUUCGCCAGUCCAUCCAUGACAGAAAUCGGCCGGGGCGCGCCCUCUUUCAGCCCUGAAGGUUCCAACACCUCAUCUCGCACGCUCGACACCGCCACGCUAUCGACCAGCACCGCUACUUCUGGAACUGUAAUUGGACAGGCCCCGUCAUCUCUCUCCGCAAGCCAACUCAGCGAGUCCGAGUCCGCAUUCUGUCACCGAAUUCCGACCGCCAAGCGCAUCCAGCUGCUGCCAGCCGAACAGGCCUUGCUCCCACAGCAGAGCUAUUCGCAGCGGAUACUGAGCAAGAUCCCCCUGUUGAAUUGGUUCUCGAGCGAUAUCAUUGGGAGCCAGGUACCGAAGACGGAGAAUGGCGAGUUUGAUUGGGACAGGGCGAGUCUGUAUUGGAGGUUCGUUUGGUGGCUGGAUGGCAUUACUGGUUGGUUUGAUAUUGUGGGCGGAGAGAAGGAGGAGUGA